GUGAAGCGUAAUUGAAACUAUUGAUAAUAAAUAAGGAAAUCGUUCUUGUUUCUCAUUUUACAUGAAUACGUUAUUAAACCGUAAUUUUGUACCAGAUUUAUCGUUACGGUACAAUUAUGGCCUACAUGUCAUAUUGAUAUCCAUCACUACGAACGAUUGAUUGAUAUUUUUGAAGAUGGAGCAAGCAAAGUCGAGUGCUGUGUAUUUUUCAUUAAAGCAUAAUUUGUAAAGAGUCGAGAUAAAUUUACAUACGAAAUGGUGGUUCAAAAGAAUUGGAAUAACACAGAAACAACGGCGUCUGCUUCUGAAAGCCAGACCCAAAAUACAGCCACUGUUUCAUGGAGUUUCCAAGCUCCUACUAAAACGUUGACUGUUCGUCCAAACACUACAUGCACCAUGCAAACGAAGCAGCCAAUCACACGGCAAAUAGCCAUUAACACACUAGCAGCAAUGCAUCGACGGUUCAGCCUGCCUGGCCCAGUGCAGCCCUAUUCCAGGCCCAUUGCUGAGUUCCGGGCCAGCGCCAACAAGUCUUUGGACAUGCUGCGGCAGACCAUACAGUCAGCAGUGACCAGGGAAAUUGAUCAAGUGAUAAAAAAGUAUUUGGAAAAAUUCUUUGUACCUGCAGUAAAUAAUAUUAGACUGAACUUGGGAGAUGAGUCUGUUAGUGAAGAUCAGGUGCGAGCCAUUUGCCGAGCCAUGCUGGACGCCACGCGCCUGCUGUACACCACGCCCGCCAAGCCGGCGCCGUGCCCCUCCGACACCAGCGAAGACUCCAACAGCGCAGACAGCAAGAUUAAACAAACCAAUUUACAGAGUCCCUCGCAUACCAAACGCAAAGAGUCCGAGGCAGAUUUCGACGCAUGCUUCAAAAGACGCAAGAUUAAGCAGGAAGAGACUUCAGACAGCGGGUCCUCGUCGCCCCUGCCGCUGUCGACCUACAGGGACCCUGAGAAAUGGAACCCUAACCGGCUGACGCAAGACACGCUGUUUAUUAUGGGGUCUCACGCUCACAAGGUCUUAGGGUUGGGCAACUGCCGUGGUCGGCUGUAUACGCGCCACGCGGGCUUGCUGCGCUACCCGGCGGACAGCUCCGACAAGGAGUGGAUCGCCAGCCACAAUCUGGUCAACGCCGUCGGCGGCAAAACAUAUAUCAUGGUACUCGAAGAUAUAGAAGAACUAGCGAACAGCGAUGCCUACCGUCACAACUCUUUACCAAUGCUCGGCGAACUAACGGGCUUCAAAGUGCCACCAUUCAUGCUCAGAAAAAUAAAAGCAUACGUAAUGAAACGGGCCCUUAGUGGAGACAUUAGUAAUCCAGACAGUCCACAACCCUCCACCAGCAAUGAUGACCCCAACUUUAAAUCAGAAGUUAAACUCGAACCCGAUCAAGAUACAUACGACUCUUUCGACGCAUCGCGCUACACCGAUAAUACUAGAGAUUUCGCUGACGUACCAACUAACAAAGAUGAUACCGAUUUAGCUGAUAUCAAAGUAGAAGAUAUUGAAGAUAUCAAAGUUGACGGAAUCAAAGUUGAAGACCUAGACGAAAUGAAAGUAGACGGGAUUAAGGUGGAGGAUUUGGAUGUGGAUAUCAAAGUAGAAAACAUCGAUGACAUUGACGGAAUAAAUGUAGAGGAUAUGAAAUUGGAGAAAGAAGAUUUCGCUCUGUGCAAGCAAGAUGAUGAUCAGAAUCAUCUAGUUGAUGGUCUGCUGGAGUCUGAUAUUGAGUUUCUCAGCAGAAAUCUCGGUAAUAUCGAGAGUGACGCGGACGCCAGGAAAACUAUUGAGAAGUUGACGGGAGCCAAUCCGGAUACUAUCACUCUUGUGGGUGACGAGUUUGAUUUGGGGCCCACUUUGAAUACCAGCAACUUUUCCAGCAACCAAACAAAAUGCAUCACCGUGGCGUCCACCACGAGCGGCAUGAUCCACAGCGUGCCCGUGGCGCACAUCCAGGCGCCGCGCAUCACGGGCUCCACCGUGCACUACUACACCAGCGUGCCGCAGCGCACCGUGCACCAUCUGCCGUCCGUCACCAUCCAGGGCCUGCCGCAGUCGCAGGUGCUCCGCGGAAUCCCGAUCAACACGAAAACCGGCACAUUCAGCACCGUAAUGUCUCAAGGCACCGCCAGCGCUAUCAUCGGCUUCGGAACUCGUACUACUAACGCUACUCCAGUCCAGUACGUCAACGUCUCCUCUAAAUCGUUCCCCACUGGUAACAUCUUACAUAACGCUAUCGUUUCUCGUAACAUUCUCAACCGCACAGCGGUCACCUCUGCCAUGUCGUUUAACGUUACCACAGUCAAGCCGGCACUGCAAACUACUCCUAAAAUAAGCACCGUAGUAACAGCGAGCACUGGAGACUUCGACAACAUUUCUACUACUAAAGACAUGAUCGACAACGCGUGUAACUCUUCGGUCAUGCUCAAGAAAGUUCUCACACUGGGAAGUGCCGGCGCCGCUAAAUCUUUCAUGAUGCAUAACACACAAAAGGUUCUGUCUACGGGUUUCGCUAACGGGUCUACCCCACCGCCUAACGUCACCAUCGUUAGCUCGGGCAGCACGAUUUUAAGCAAUGCCAUCAUCAAUCCUACUUCGAACAUAACGAGUCCGACGUCAGGCACUUUGAGCGCCACUCACGCAACCCUGUCCGCUUUGCUCGCGUCGAACGCCGAGAACGCCCAAGGAAACAAGAAUUAAAAUUAGCUUAGAUUCCAACAUUCCCAAGUAAUUAAUCAUUCUCGAAUUCGUGAUCUCAAAAUGUAGUUAUUAAGGUAACUAUUUAUUAAUGCAUUUACUGUCACUAUGUAUUGAAGCUUAACAUUCUCGUGGCGUAAUAACGAAACAUACGAGUAAUAGGGUUCAAAAUUACAAUGCUAUUUCAAAAUAUUAUGAACCGUAAUGUAGAGUAAUUUUAAAUGUAUCAUGAUCAAAAUUCUAUUGAUUGAAUAAUAUGGAGAACCACUUAGUACGGCUGAAAACUUGUGAUUCGAGACAUGUUUAAUUGGAUUUAUAUUAAUUUACUACCUCUUAAGUUACCUGAUCGCUUAGUUGUGUAAUACUGAAGUCUAUUAUUAUUAGUAAGCUAAAUCAGAAUGUGGUUAGCUAUAAUUAAGUGCUAAAUCAAAGAAUGAAUCCUUGUGGUUGGAAAUGCCAUAAAAUAAUACCGUUAUUUUUAAGGUACUCUUUGACUUUAGGGCUUGGUUGUAACUUUCUAUCUUCUGGUUAAAUGAAGGUUGUGUUUAUUAUAAUAUGUGCCAAAUUAGAGUACAAAUAACUGUAAAUCAGUAUUAUUUAUAUGUGAUACUUUUUCAUUGUAUUUUAGGGCAAAUAUCGUUUUGGAUAGCUUGUAAGCUGGCGUUUAUUUACAUGUUAUUAGAAAAGGGAUUAGUGUUAGUAAAUGUUUCGUAAAUAUUAUCAUUUUAAUGCUUUGUUCAUAAAUGUUACCUACAGUUAAUGAAAAUGCACGCAAAAUUCGAUCACUGAUUUUAUCACAACUAGUUACAAUGUGGAAAUUGAUUUAUAUAUUUUCUUUUUAACUGUCAACUUUAUCUCAUUUCAUUAUAAAAAUAAGGAUCAUUAUAAAACCAAAAAUAUCUUCGACAAAAAUUAUUUGCUUUAA